GUAAAUUUCAUCGUAAUAGAUUUCCAAUUGAUAAAAAGGAUUUCGAAAAAAAAGACCUUUUUCUAGUGUGGUUGAACUAAUCCAACUGGCUCGCCCACACCUUGUGAAGUCAAAGGGUGAGAUUGUGAACGUCUCCAGCAUUGCCGGACAGCCAACAUCGUAUCCAAAGCUACCGUAUUACGCCAUGUCAAAGGCAGCAUUGGACCAAAUGACGCGAGCAGUAGCAAUCGAACUCAUAGCUGAAGGAGUCCGCGUGAACAGUUUCUACGCAACAGCCUUCUCCACCAGCCCAGGUGCACUUCCUUGUGGCAGAAUUGCUGAACCAUCAGAGAUAGCCAGUGUUAUCGCCUUUUUGGCUGAUCGCAGCCAGUCAUCCUAUAUCGUCGGCCAAACGAUUGUCGCUGACGGUGGCACGUCAAUCGUACUCGCCUCAAAUGUUGCCUCCACGGGGACCCAAAACUCUAAUUGA